CAUUAAUGAUACAGAGCAUCCACUCUCUAUAAAUCCCCACAUUGUAAAUAACAUCAAUAAAAGCCAAAACUUGGUAUUUUAUAAUCUAAAAGUUUAAUCUUUGAAUCAACGUGAGUUUGAAUUAGACUAAUUCGGGUUUACAGAUGGUUUCUGAAAAUAAUGAUAAAAAAAUGGGCUUCGGUUUUAUCAUUCACGCCUCCUCAUUGUAGAUUUACAGUAAACUCUAAGCAUCCCUGUGACAACCGACCCCGGGCGUGAAGAUAAUAACGUUUGAUGGGAUUGGGAGCUGAAACAUUCAACUCCAACCUCUUCAUAUAACUUACUUCAUAACUCUCUUUUUAAUUUUAAGGGAAGCCAUUUCUUUUUUUUUUUUUUUUUAAGCUCUGUUUUGGGGGUUUGGUGAGUGAGAGACAGAGAGAUAUGGGUAGUUACAGAAUGUGCAUGUGCUUUACCAGAAAGUUUAGGUAUACGUCGGCGGAGCCACCGAUUGACGUUAAAGAGGCUUUCAGUAAGUGUACCGGAGGGGGAACCCACAUGACGGCGGAGCAGCUGCAGCGGUUCUUGGUCGAAGUUCAAGGUGAAGGUGAUGAUGGCGCGCGUGUUCCAGAUGCUGAGAGACUUUUGGAGCAGGUUUUGAAGUCAAGGCGUCAUCUUGCUAAGUUUACCAGAACUCUUACUCUUGAUGAUUUUCACUAUUACUUGUUCAACUCAGAUCUUAACCACCCCAUCAUCAAUGAUAAGGUUCAUCAUGAUAUGAAAGCUCCAUUGUCGAAUUAUUUUAUAUACACGGGACACAAUUCAUAUUUGACUGGGAAUCAACUUAGCAGCGAUUGUAGCGAUAGGCCAAUUAUUAAGGCACUGCUGAGAGGUGUAAGAGUUGUUGAGCUUGAUAUUUGGCCCAAUUCUACCAAAGAUGAUGUGCAUGUUCUUCAUGGAAGGACCUUGACAGCCCCUGUGGAGCUCAUAACAUGCUUGAGAUCCAUUAAAGAGAAUGCUUUUUCUGCAUCUCCAUAUCCUGUUAUAAUUACUCUUGAAGACCACCUGACACCAGAUCUUCAGGCUAAAGUAGCUAAGAUGAUCACUGACACAUUCGGAGAACUGUUGUUUCAUCCACAAUGUGAAUGUUUGCAAGAAUUUCCUUCACCAGAUGACUUAAAGUAUAAGAUUAUAAUAUCAACCAAACCCCCAAAAGAGUAUCUUAGAGCUAAAAGGAAGGAUACGAAAAAUAACUCUGACGAAGAUGAAUGGGGCAAGGAGCCAUCUGACCUUGCAGCUGACAAAGAAGAUGAAGACAAGAGUGAUAGUGAUUCAAGUGAUGAUGAUGUUGAUGACCAAGAGCGCCAUUCAGAAGCAUCUGACUAUAAGAGCCUAAUUGCCAUUCAUGCUGGAAAACCCAAGGGUGGAUUGAAGGAGGCACUCAAAGUUGAAGCUAAUAAAGUGAGGCGCCUUAGUUUGAGUGAACAAUCACUUGAAAAGGCUACUGAAUCUCACGGAACAGAUGUUGUGAGAUUUACUCAGAAGAAUUUAUUAAGGAUAUAUCCUAAGGGUACUCGGUUCAACUCCUCCAAUUACAAGCCACUAGUUGGUUGGAUGCAUGGAGCUCAAAUGGUAGCAUUUAACAUGCAGGGAUAUGGAAGAGCUCUCUGGUUGAUGCAUGGAAUGUUUAGAUCUAAUGGAGGGUGUGGUUAUGUCAAGAAGCCUGAUUUUCUAAUGAAUGUUGAUCCAAAUGGUCAAGUGUUUGAUCCCGAGGAAGAAUUGCAAGUGAAAAAGACUUUGAGGGUGAAAGUUUACAUGGGAGAUGGAUGGCAUUUGGAUUUUAAACAAACACACUUUGAUCUAUACUCACCCCCAGAUUUCUAUUGCAGGGUUGGCAUAGCAGGGGUGCCAGCGGAUGAGAUAAUGAAGAAAACAAAGAUAAAGGAGGACAAUUGGACACCUGUUUGGGAAGAAGAAUUUGAAUUUCCAUUGACUGUUCCUGAACUUGCUUUGCUUCGAAUUGAAGUCCACGAGUAUGACAUGUCUGAGAAGGAUGACUUUGCUGGGCAAACUUGUUUGCCAGUCUCUGAGUUGAAAACGGGGAUCCGUGCAGUUCCCCUCUUUGAUCGCAAAGGAGAAAAGAUGAGGUCCGUGAGGCUUCUGAUGCGCUUUGAUUUUGUCUGAGACAAUGAGUAGUAGCUAGUCCAUUUCCUCUGUAUUUAUUUUGGUAAACCUUUCCACGGUCGUUUGAUUUUAUACUUCAUGUAAUAUAUGUGUUGCUUCUUUGCUUUUCUUUUCAAGUCCUGUACUGCCUGCUUAGAAGCAGCUAACAUUAUUCAUUGUCUACUGAACAUUUAUCUGAUUCAUGGAGUUAUGAUUUUGAGUGA